UUGUUAGCGCGAAAGUAACGUAAAUGAGCGGUCGCAGAAGAAGACAGUUGCAAAGCAGCAACCGCGAAGCUGACUUCGAAGUAACUAUGCCGAAUUCUACGCGUCUGGAAGAAGGAGCAGGAGGCAGUACAAAUACCGCAAAAAUUAAUUUUAAUGAUAUCGAGGGAAUAAUUAAAAAAUUCACCGGUGACGAAACUAUGAGCGUGCAGGUAUGGCUGCAAGAUUUUGAGAGCUAUGCCGAAACUUUCCGUUGGACAGAUUUACAGCGUUACGUAUUUUGUAAAAGAUCACUUAGUGGUACGGCAAAACUGUACAUCGAAUGUGAAGCCAAACCUCGCUCAUAUUCUCAGUUAAAAGCUUCGCUAUAUGCGGAGUUUAAGCCCAGAAUUAGCGCAGCUGACGUACAUAGUAAAAUGGCAACAACAAGAAAGAGUCACGACGAAAGCUGCCGUGAAUAUUUGUACAAAAUGAUUGACAUAGCAUCACAAGCAGAAGUGGACGUUCCUUCUAUUAUAAGUUAUGUCAUACAGGGUAUAAACGAUUCGGCAAACGGUAAAGCAAUUUUGUACGGUUCAAAUUCUAUACAGGAAUUCAAAGAAAAACUAAUAAUAUAUGAGAAAAUAAAAAAGAGUGAGAGUCAACCAAAAGAGAAAACGCAGGUUGCUUAUGCGGACAAAAACAAAACAAUGCAAUCAAGAAUUAAAUCACGUUACUGUUUUAAUUGCGGUUCGAGAGAGCAUGAGUUUCAUAUGUGUCCUCAAAAAGAGAAAGGUCCAAAGUGCUUCGGAUGUAAUGACUUCGAUCAUAAGCGUAACGACUGUCCAAAAGCAACAAAGUCAUCUCUGGUGAAUGUCGUUUCGGUCAACAAUAUGUGUGUUCCAGUGAAGGUCAACAGGGUCAUCAUCGACAGUUUGCUGGACACUGGAAGCGACAUUUGCGUGAUCAAAGAGUCGGUGAUGAAAAUAAUUAAACCGAUGUCUUUUGACAGAACUAAAUCAAUAUCCGUGGCUGGUUUGGGCUCUAAGGUGCACACUAAAGGUGUCUGCAAACUCAACAUGGAAAUAAAUGGCGAGAUCUACACUGACGUUGAAACUCACAUCGUGAAUGAUAGGUGUAUGAAAUAUAAUCUUUUAUUGGGUGCAAGCAUAAUUCGACAGGCGGUUGUAAAAAUAGAGGCCGGUAAGUUGACGAUGGUGAAAAAGAGCAGUUGAAAAAUACCAUUGUUAGGACAGCGCAUGAAGAUGGCCACUUUCACCACCAAAAGACCAAAGAAAAAAUUGAGCGUGAGUAUUUUAUACCUAACGUAGCCAAAAGAAUCGAUUCGUGCAUCGCUUCCUGUGUGAAAUGCAUCUUAGCAGGGAGAAAACAUGGAAAAAAAAGAGUCUUUUCUCAAUCCCAUACCGAAAGGGGAACAACCACUAGAAACUUUCCACAUUGACCAUUUAGGUCCUUUAUCUACAACAGCGAAGGGGUAUCGAUAUAUUUUCGCAAUGAUAGACAGUUUUACAAAAUUUUGUUGGCUUUUUCCAACCAAAACACUCAACGUCGAGGAAGUUGUCAAAAAGUUUGAAAUAGUGGCAGAUACGUUUGGUUACCCCAACCGAGUAAUCGCAGAUCGUGGCGGCGCUUUUAUUUCAAACGUAUUUAGAUGUUACUGCGAGGAUCACGGUGUAAAGCUUGUGCACAUUACUGCAGGAGUUCCCAGAGGUAACGGUCAGGUGGAGAGGCUGAACUCAACGAUCAUAUCUGUACUAACGAAGCUCUGCGUAGACAAAUUAGAUAAAUGGUUUCAACAAGUGCCU